ACGCGUCGCGGGUUUUCCAACACGUUCCCUAUUCCUUCGUGUUGCCGGGUCGUGGAAAAACGCGAAACGUGACUGAUGUAUAACGUGACUAUUCAACGAGAAUAAUGUGCUUGUGAUAUUUAUAAACUUAUAGAAAACUUUUUCAUUCAUUGAAAAUUUUUACUCGAAUUAAUUUUAUGCUAAAGAUUGAUUAAACCACAACGAAGUUUGAGAAUUACAGAAAUUUGCGGGCGUUAAUCGACAUUCAACUCGAGAUAACUUUAAUAGACAUGAUAUUAACUCGCUUUGCGUAAUCAUAAACAAUCUAUAACAAACCGACAACUUGUUGCGAAUUAUACAGGAUAAUCAAACAGAAUGUACGGUUUAAUCUUAGAAAAUCUUUCGGAAUAUAUAAAAGCCACCUACGGCGAUGAUAAAUGGGAGGAAAUCCGGAAGGCUGCGGCUGUGGAUCAGCCCAGCUUCAGCACGCAUCAGGUAUAUCCGGAAACGUUGAUUCCCAAAUUGGCAAAAAAAGCAAUUCAGAUAUUAAAAGUAAGCGAAAAAGACUUCUUCGACCAAAUGGGCGUUUUUUUCGUGGCGUUUGUGGGCCAAUAUGGAUACGAUCGUGUCCUAUCAGUGCUCGGUCGUCAUAUGCGCGAUUUUCUCAACGGACUGGAUAAUUUACACGAAUAUCUCAAGUUCUCCUAUCCGCGCAUGCGCGCGCCUAGUUUCAUCUGCGAGAAUGAAACGCGGCAAGGUCUCACCUUGCACUAUCGCAGCAAGCGGCGUGGAUUUGUUUAUUAUACCAUGGGACAAAUCCGAGAAGUAGCAAGACAUUUUUAUCAGAAAGAAUUGAAAAUCGAGCUGGUCAAGGAAGAAAUUCUCUUUGAUAUGAUCCACGUGACCUUUCAAUGUACGUUUGACAAUCGCGCAUUCACAAUGGCCACGUUGGCCAUGACACGUGAGGAGCGCCAUCUGCCGAUCAGCGCGUCAGCGCUAUUCGAAAUCUUUCCAUUCUGCAUUGUUUUCGGCCAUGAUAUGGUCAUCCGAAGUAUCGGCAACUCGUUGAUCGUGAUCCUACCGGAUAUCGUCGGUAAAAAGUUGACGAAUUGGUUCGAUCUCGUGCGGCCACUCACCGAAUUCAAGUUCGAGACCAUCUUGAACAGGACAAACAACAUCUUCGAGCUGCUUUCCGUCGAACCGGUGCUCACGGACAAGGACGACGCCGGUAGAGCGGACGAGCUGAUAAACGACGACUCUUCGGAAACGGGCGAGGAAAAAAAUCUACGUCUCAAGGGUCAAAUGGUUUACAUGGAUAACUGGAAAAUGAUGAUGUAUCUUGGUACGCCUGUAAUGCCCGACUUAAACUCAUUACUCAACUCUGGAUUGUAUAUUAAUGAUUUAUCCAUGCACGAUUUCAGCAGGGAUUUAAUGUUAGCUGGAACACAACAAUCCGUUGAAUUGAAGCUUGCGUUGGAUCAGGAGCAGCAAAAGAGUAAAAAAUUAGAGGAAUCUAUGCGGAAACUAGACCAGGAGAUGAAGAGAACUGAUGAAUUGCUUUAUCAGAUGAUUCCGAGACAAGUGGCUGAUAGACUUAGGACUGGAGAAAACCCCAUUGACACCUGCGAGAUGUUUGACAAUGUGUCAAUUCUUUUCUCUGAUGUGGUGUCUUUUACGGCGAUCUGCAGCAGGAUCAGUCCCAUGGAGGUUGUCUCAAUGCUCAAUGGGAUGUACUCCAUGUUCGACAAUCUUACUGAAUUUAAUCAUGUUUACAAGGUGGAGACAAUUGGGGAUGCUUACAUGGUGGUCUCAGGCGCUCCCGAAAAACAAGCUAAUCACGCCGAGAGGAUCUGCGACAUGGCGCUGGACAUGGUCGAUGCUAUAACCACUUUAAAAGAUCCAUCAACUGGACAACAUUUGAAGAUACGUGUUGGUGUACAUUCGGGAGCGGUAGUCGCCGGCAUCGUGGGCCUAAAAAUGCCUCGGUAUUGCUUGUUUGGUGAUACGGUUAACACAGCCUCACGCAUGGAGUCUACCAGUAUUGCAAUGCAGAUCCACAUCUCGCAGUCCACCAAGGAGUUGCUCCCAUCCGAGUACAAGGUUGGCGAGCGCGGGGAGGUCGAAGUAAAAGGCAAAGGUGUGAUGAAGACCUACUGGUUGGAGGAUCGAAAUGGUCGCCAACCAUUGCAUCGUGACCUCAUCGCCUUGCCGGAGACCCAUCCGGAACCCACGACGGCUCCAAGCUCAGCAGUGCGCUCCGGUAUUUAUUCACCGAUUACUUAUCAGGAUGUCGCCCGGCGCAGCGUCGGCAACUCGCCGGGAACUUCCCCGGCGAAAACGCCCACGUCAGCAAAACAAUCUUUAGGUAAAACAUCAUCAGCUAGUUCUGAUCCCGCUGAUGCAUUCGGUGGGCAGGUAACUGAUGAUGGGUUUGCAGAAUCCAUGGAUUUGACAAGCGGUGCUGAGGAAGCAUCUCCUGCGCCUAGUAUCAUCGUUUCACGCAGUAAUUUGACGAAAGCUCGUGAUAGCAUUAUCGAACUGGGUAAGCGUUCAGCGGAGGCGGCUAAACAACCACGUAACUCUCACUCGGAUGGCAACCUGCGUGGAUCGGGUGGCGGUGGGGGCGGCAAUGCGAUCUCGAAUAGCCGGAGUGAACACUUUCAGCACCAUCAGUGCUGUUCGCAUUUCGGCGGUCAUAAAGGUAGAUUCAAUAGUAACGCAUGUAUGAUGAUGUAAAAUGUAAAAAAACACAGAAUUUACACUUUCUCACAUUAAUUAAAAAUUUGGAUGUCGCUUUAAUUGACUUUAAUUAAAACUGAGGAUCAAAAGAAUUUAUUCGAGGAAAAAAAAAAAGAUUUUUUAGAUGAGAUAGGUAUAUUUUAGGUGCUCCCUUAUGUAAUUUGUUUUUCCACACGUUUUCGAUACGCACAUAUGCACAGCAAGUCACAUUCACAGUUGACCCGAAUAAACAUUUCGCGUUCGCAACAACGAAUUUUUCGCAUACUCGCUGCGAUGGCCGCAAUUAACAUUUCCAAUCGUGUUUACACUGUUUGGCUCGCACACACAUUGCGCGUAUUACCAUAAUGCGGUAAUAUAAAGUAUAUAAAUCGCGCAAUUAUUCUUCACCUAGAUAUGCGAAUAUGAUGCAUUUGCCUGCGGUCGACCGCAGGUUUCAUUCACUUCGAAUCUCGCUGAGAAAACACUCGCACUUGCACAAUAAUUAUCGCGCCUAGCGCAUAAACGGUGGUGAAUUUUUUUCCGCUUGGAUAUUUUAUUUCUGCGAGCACCUUGACGGAACACACCUACAAGUGUAUUUGCGUGCGUUGUGUACUGCAACAGGUGUGUUGCGACACAUCCUCUCGCGGUGUACCGAUAAUGCCAAGCGUAUUAUCAAAAAGUAUUUCGCAUGCCCGUAUAUAACCGGGUGAUUAAAUACGAAAAAAAACACAACGCCGUUUACGAACGUUGUGAAUCUUAUUGCUUUCGAUUGAACGUGAACCGGCAAUUUGUGCGAAAACGGCGAAAAAGUCAAGGAAAGCGACGCAUAUUGCAACAUUCGAUGAGUAUUUUUAUGAUCGAUGGCAAUGAGGCUUUUAAACAAGUUUGCAGAAUGCAGAAUGCAGAAAAUUGGAAUUUAUUUUACUAAUUAAACAAAAAUGUUUCUAAGUACUUUAAAAUUGGUUUUAUAAAUGUUAAGUUGUAGAUAUUUACAACGUUUAAUAACGCGCGAUAAAAAAGAAAAGUUUAUGCUUCUAAAUUAUUUAAUAAUUAAAAUCGUAAAGUCCCAAAGCAUUUAUUGCAUACUAUCGGAAGUUCUUUGUAGUUGUCACAAUGUUAAUUACUAUUCUUCGGUAGAUUUCUUUUUAAAAAGUCGUUUUACAACUUCGGUUGCGACUUGUGAACAGGAUGUCUUAAUAAAACUCAUAAGCAAAUAGGUACAUAUGGUGCAAAACUUUUUUGUUGUAUUUUUGCAAGUUUUUAAAGAGAAAAAGUUUGGAGAAAGCAAAAAGUAAUAUAAAAGUUACAAAUUUCGCUAAGUAUCAAAGUUUUUCGUAUUCAAGUGGACCAAAAUAAAGUUUUAUAUAACAAAAAGUAUAUUUCUACUUUAGUAACAAAUAUUUAAUAAUAGAAUUACUAUUAUCAUGUUUAAAAAUUUAAAAAAAUAUAUAAAUUUGACUCAAUUUUAACUAUUUUUGCUGUAAAACAAUAGUUAAAUUAGAAAAAUUGAAUUUUUGCAAAUGUAGAGUCAAUUAAAUCAUGACAAUUAACACAAAAUAUAAAUUUUGUUUAAAUUUUGGCGUUUACAUAACCGUUGGUAAAUAAUUAUGCAAUUUUGGUUGCCUAUCUUCAAUAAUGUUUCACCCUGUAGAUAAAUUAAAUACUUGUAGAAAAUGCAUAAAAACGAGAAAUGCGCGUAAAUACAUCGCAAGUGCGUUAUAAAUUUCCCCACUUGUUCAUCCAUUGAUCACCUUGAAGUUUGAAGCGGCCGGUGGAAAAGUUGAAUUAGUAAUAUCGAAAAAGUAAAUUCUCCACAAUUAGCGGCGCACGUUCUAUUUGCGCGAUAGAUAAGUCGAUAGCACGGCGACGCAUUCCAAUAUCGCGUUCUCGCCGCCGACGACACAGCGACAUCCAAGUUUCGAACAAUUGUAGUUACUUACUCACUUACUUUACUCGCCACUUACCCGGCCCGGUUCGAAACGAAGCCAAGUGCGGCUUGUUGCAUUUCGAGCCUAGGCUAAUGCAACAGAUACCACAUAACCGCACACUGCACACACGAAACAAAGGAAGAAUGUAAUGAGCAACAGGUAGCAACAAUAUAUCGCAUUAUGGUAGCCGGCAAAUGCAAACAAUACGUUUUUAAUUUUAAGCUUUUAGUUUUAAUGAUUUUGAUGCAACAAAUUCACAAUGGAAAUAGUACAAUACUAUCUACGAACGAGUACAAGAGUUUAGGAUUAAGCCACACUUAUUUAUUUAGAUAUUUCUAUUACUAAUAUUUAAACUAAAAUUAUUUUCAGAAAAAGUUAUGACACUAUUUUUUAAUUGUGGUAAUAUUCAUAGUUUUUUAUUAAACACUCAAAAACUAUUCCAGCUAAAAUAAUAAUUCCUUCUGGAAUUUAUUUUCAGUUAAAUUAUUUAUCUAAUUGCAUAAAAUUAUAAUGAUAAAGUAAUUACAGAAAAAGUUAACAAUUAAAAUAAAAUUUUGAAAAAAUUGAAAUUCCUGCGUAAGUAAUUAAUAACUUUUGACACCAAAAUAUCAUAAAUGUAAUUUUUUUACAAGUCAGUUUAAAAUUUAAUACUAAAUAGGUUCCUGAAGAAAUUAUUACGAUACCUUUAUUGGUUUUCUUGUAAUCAAUGAAAAACUAACUGUAUUGUUAACACGUAUUGUUUACAAUUUCAUUGAAUUUCAUGCGUUUUGUGUGUUAGUUAAAUCCUAUCUAUAAUUACACAUGCACCUUGCAUCGAACGGACCAAAGAUUAACAAUAACCAACAAAUUAUUUGACGGCUGCGGCAAUAAAACACAAGCAAAGCACCUUACAGGUUGUAAAGCAUGCAAGAAUACGAGAUGCGUUUCCAGAAACAUGAAAACAACUCAACGACUUGCUUGGUUUAGUUCAUUGUCAAUUGUCAAUGCAUAUUGAGCAAAGAGGACGCGGAAGUCAAGUCAAAACAAAGGAUCUAAAUAAACUAAGUACGUAAAUGUAAUUCUAUCUAGCUGAUAGCAUGGAAUAAUUAUUCUAAAUAUAGGUAGACACUUUUAAAUGUUUGAUGAAUGUAAUUGUAUUUUCAAUAUUUCAUUCUAGUCGAGGUUUAGGCGAUAAAUAUUUUUGUAAACAUCUUGCGCUUGUUACAAUGGACAAAAUGUGGAAUAUGUGGGCAACUAAAUGGAAGCAUGUAGAUAUUAUUGAUAUUGAUAAGAAUGAUUAAGUUUAAAUUAAGUUUAAGUGAAAACAUAUUUUAACAUAAUUGAAAUUCUUUGUAAAUUACAAUUUGUUAAAUAUACACG